CACGUGUGCUGUCAGCCAGAGCGUGAGCAGCAGCGUGCAAACAGGAAACUUACAAAAACUGUGUUUUAAACCUGAUUAAACAGACAAAGUUAACUGGACCGAUUACCUGCGCUUCAAGAUGACUGGAGCAAAAGACCGAAUGAGAGAGAAAAAGAUGAAGAAUCAGCCGAGGAACGUCACGUACUCCAGCUCAGGUACAGAGAGAGGUCAGGGGUCACAGGUAUGCGGCUGGGUCAGAGGUCAUCAGGCUGGGGGUCAUAGUUACAGUCAAGAUCUGCCCAAACACAUCACAGGCUCUAACUUCGCUAAAGCCCGCGCCGCUGAAGUCCAGGCCAUGCUGAAGGCCGUCAGGAAGCCUGCGGGCAGCUGCCACGUCUUCAACGCUCUGCCGAAGCACAUGCGCAGACGAGCCAUGAGCCACAACACCAAGAGACUGCCGAGCCGCCUGCGCGAGAGCGCUCAGAGACUGGCGGAGCGCAGUCAGGGCGCACCAGACAAGGAGAAGAAACCGCUGCCCAAAAGCAGGAGUCGGCGAGCGCGCCGUCGUCACGGAAACCUGCUGCUGGAGUUCAAUCGCAGACAGAGGAAGAACAAAUGGAUGGAGACGCACAUCUGGCACACCAAACGCUUCCACAUGCUGAAGACCUGGAGCUACUGUCUGCCGCUCAAACCCACGGCCAAGAGCUACAGAGCCAGUUACAGAGCCAUGAGCGCUCACGCCCUGCUGCAGGAUUUGUCAUAUUUCUGCUGCUUGGAGCUUCGAGGAUCUGAGGAUCAGAUACUGAGAGCGCUGGCUCGACUGACCAACAAACAAACAGGUCCCACGUUUGCAGCGGCGUCGAGUCUCUCGGGUGCGCGUCAGGGCAGCGUCCACCUGUACAGAGCGGAUCAGUUUCCUCAAGGCUCUCUGGGUCCGGCUGACUUCCUGUGGCGGCCCCGGGUCCCUGACGCGUCAGACAGACAGCUGUGGAUCUGGAUCCAUCCGGCCCUUAAACAGGACGUGCUGUCGGAGCUGCAGCUGGUGUGUCAGUGUUUUGAGGCUGUGUCCGUCUCUGAGGAGCCUCGUCCCGCCGCGGAGCCGCCCGCAGGGAGGAAGAGGAAGACGGACGAAGGUGACGCCGGGCCUCCCGCCAAAAAGCUGUUGGGUGACGCGACGCGUCCCACCGGAGCCCCGGUGCGCUGGGAGUCCACAGACACGGCCAUCACCAUCAGCGACCUCACCAUGGAGAUUGUGCGCUAUCGUCUGAUUGGUCCGCUGGCCCACACGGUGCUCACAGACGCACUCCAUCCAGCCAGUGAGGUGAGAGAUUUCUGAUGACAUCACACUCAUGCUGAUGAUGCGUUUUGCUCGUUGACGGCUGACGAUUGGCUCUCGUGUCUGUAGGAGGCGUUCGAGCCGUUGAGCAGCGGCGAGGCCGACAGGAGCGUCCAUCAGCAGCAGACGGACGUCUUCCGUCUUCUGAGAGGAGUGUGUUCAACAGCAGAGCUCCCAGCAGGCUGUGUGUUGGGACUGACUGUAGAUGAUCCCAGACUGACUUUACCUCAGAAACGUGGUAAAACCGUACCUGACCUACAGCAGAGCACAGAGGAGGAGCGUGUGAGAGAUCUGACUCUCAGAGGAGUCGCGGCUCACUGCAGUCAGAGUGCGCUGUGGGACGCGUCGCUUCGGGAGCGUGUGACACUCGGCCGACUGUCAGAGCAGGAGCUGAACCGCAGGAGGAGCGAGCUGCUGGUUCCAGGUUCCCAUCUGUCAGCGGCUCCAUCUGGUGUUCCGGUGCUGCUGGUUCAUCAGGCGGGUCGUGUGCGCGGAGAGGAGCGUCUGCACUGGGGCUCCGGCUGGGAUCUGCUGCUGCCCAAGGGCUGGGGAAUGGCAUUCUGGGUCCCUCUGGUGUAUCGUGGCGUUCGUGUCGGCGGCCUCCACAUGAGUAUCAAACACUCCCAGUUCAUGGGUCAGCCUCACUUCCCUCACGAUUACCCAGACUGCCCUGCAGGAGUGCGCUUCCAGUCCGAGCAGGAGGCGGAGCUUCUAGAAAAGUUCAAAAGACGUCCUCCAUCAAAACGCACCAACUACAUCAAACACGGUUGCCUGGCGCCGUUCCGUUGCCCCUGGCAACAGCUGACGGAGGAGUGGGAGGAGCUAGUGAAUCUGAGUGCGGAGACGGCGAGCGGCAGCGGAGACGGAGUGUCACACUUCACUGUUCUGAGGAGUCUGAAGGUGUUGCGUCAGCUGUCGGCGUGGUGUCGGCGCGUGUCGCGCAGGAACGCUAACCCUCCGCUGACCCGUGCGGCGGCCGCGGCGCUGCAGCAGGACUGGAGACGGAGUCUGGUGUGGGUGCGUGUGCGUCUGCUGAGUAAAGGCCAGCCGGCGCUGCACGCCGCCGUGUGCGUCCCGACGACCUCUGACCUCCAGCUGCUGCUUAAAGACGGACGGAGCAGCGGCCCGCAGGAGCCCCGACACAAAGACCACCUGAAGAACCUGCGUGAGCACAAGACUGACCCGGAGCGUCCGGCGCGGCUCCUGCGGGGCGUGUGGCCGCAGCCUCUGCCCAGCGUCGUGUCCCACUGCAGCCGGCCGACGCUGGGAUGGGUUCAGCAGGGCGACUUCUCUCUGGCCGCCGGCCGCGGCGAGGCGCUGGCCUUCAUCAGCGUGACCGGACUGCUGCACUCGCUCCUUCAGCAGCCGCAGGAACAGCGCGGCGUCGUCCUCCUGCGCAACCCCUCGUCUCUGCAGUACCGCUACGCUCAGAUCUGCAUCGACACAUGAAGACUCGGCCUGUCACAUGACUGCUCAGCGUGCAUGUUUGUGAUCUGUGUGAUCCGAUCGAUGCGUGUCAGACUUCCAAGACCGUAUGCUGAAACUUUUUUUUCUUUUUUUUUUAUUCAGAGAAACUCUUUACAUCAUCGGAAGUUUGGAUUGUUUUUUUUCUGCUGGGAUUUGAGAGAGAUUUGACUUGCUAAGACAUUUAAUUUUGUUUAAAUACGGAGUUAUUAACCAAUGAUGUUCAAUUACACUCCCUCUAGUUUCAGUUAAUGUAAAUGAUGCGUCUUCUAGUACAGUAAAAAUAAGUGCAAGUAAAA